UACAAAACCCCACCCACAUCACUCCCCCCCAUGCAACAAUGACCAUCACCCGCGUCACCCCACCACGCGCCGCCUCCUCCGCCGCCGCCGCCGCCGAUCAAAAUCCGCUAAUCUUCGACGCGCCAAUUCUUCUGCAGAAGCAAUCGGAGUUACCGCCGCAGUUCGUCUGGCCUGACCACGAGAAGCCCCGUCGCCAGUCCCGGGAGCUCCUGGUCCCGUCCGUCGAUUUGUCCGCCUUCCUCUCCGGCGACCUCCCCGCAGCCGCCGCCGUCGUCGGCGAGGCUUGCCGUAAACACGGCGUGUUCCUGGUGGUGAACCACGGCGUCGACGCCGCGCUGAUCGCCGACGCCCACCGGUACAUGGAGUACUUCUUCGAACAGCCCCUCGACGCCAAGCGGAAAGCCGAGCGAAAGCUCGGCGAGCAUUGCGGCUACGCCAGCAGCUUCACCGCCAGAUUCUCCUCCAAGCUUCCAUGGAAGGAAACGCUGUCGUUUCAGUACUCCGCUAAGCCUGACGACUCCCACAUUGUCCAGGAUUACUUCACCAGGACCUUGGGCCCGGACUUCCUCCGUUUAGGGAAGGUCUACCAGGAUUAUUGCAGCGCGAUGAGCAGAGUGUCGUUGGGAGUAAUGGAGCUCCUGGGAUUAAGCCUAGGAGUUGAGCGCCGCCAUUUCAGGGAAUUCUUCGAGGAAAACGAAUCCAUAAUGAGACUUAAUUACUAUCCGAGGUGUCAUCGUCCUGAGGAGACAUUGGGCACCGGGCCCCACUGCGAUCCCACGUCACUCACCAUCCUCCACCAGGACACCGUCGGUGGACUCCAGGUCCUCGUCGACGGCGAGUGGCUCUCCAUCCGCCCCGACUCCGACGCCUUUGUCGUCAACAUUGGCGACACUUUCAUGGCACUAUCGAACGGGCGAUACAAAAGCUGUCUGCACCGGGCGGUGGUGAACAGCCGGAGUCCUCGGAAAUCGCUAGCGUUCUUUCUAUGUCCGAACAAGGACAAGGUAGUUAGGCCGCCGGGCGAGCUGGUCGACUUGGACAAUCCGCGAAUAUAUCCCGACUUUUCUUGGCCAGCCCUCCUCGAGUUCACCCAAAAACAUUACAGGGCAGACAUGAACACACUCCAAGCUUUCUCACAUUGGAUCCUUAAUUCCCACGAAACGACAACAACCUAGGACGAUCGAUCAAGACAACCCUCAUGUGAUAUAUAUAUAUAUAUGAUCAUCCAUCAUUAAUUAUAUAUUAUAUUGUAUUAAAAAAUAAAAUAUAGAUAUAUAUAUAUAUAAUAAAUUAAUUAAUUAGUUACACUUGUUCUCGCACGUUAGUUAAUGUCUUAACAAUUUUUAUGUUCGAAUACUUUUUCUAUUGGGGGUUUCUAUUUCUCUCUCUGUACGGACAGAGCAUCGAAAUCGAGUUGAAAAGCAAUGAUGGAUGGAAUUGUGAAUAUAUUUAUAUAUAUGAUUAAUUAAUUUUAAUUUCA